ACCGUCGGAUCCCGACUGUACGGCGCGUAUGUUUUACCCGCGGUCUCUGGCUCCCCGCUUCCUCUCGUCUCGCACAGUUCACUUCACAUACGCACGCUCCCGCCGGAAAAGCGCCCGAGCGCCCGCGAUACACGACUCCGAUCUUUACGAUUCGUGCGUUUCUUCUAGGGUUUGUGAUGGGAUCCGCCGCGGUCGCGAGCUCGGGUCCCCAGGCCCCGUUCGUCGGCGUCCGCCGCGCGCCCGCGCUGCGGCGGCCCCCGCCGCCGCUCCUCUUCUUCGCCUUCGACACCACUCGCCCCGCCAGGUGCUCGGCGUUGGCCUCGCCCUCGGAAACCCUAAAGGAGCCUCCGAGGAAAACCCUAACCCGAGCUCCGAAGCAGCCGAAGCGGGUCAAGGCCGUCUCCGCCGCCGCCGCCGCCGCGGCGACGGCGGCGGCGUCGUCUCCCUCCGCCGCCGCUCCUCCGCCGCCUCCCGAUUUGGAUUACAACGAGGUGGCCGCGGCGCUGGAGAACAUAUACAAGCUCAGCCCCGCCGAGGUCUCCGACAUCGAGGACUCCAGCGGAGGCCGGAAGAAGCGGCGCGGGAGGAAGAAGAUGGAGGAGGAGGACGAGGAGGGGGAGGGAAAUGUCGGUAGGGUUAGCGUGGUGAGGAGUGGGAGGAGGAGGGGGAGGAGACUGAACCUCCAGAAGAGGGUGGCUCUGAAGAGCGAGAGGAAGGGGGAAAAGGUUAGGGUUUCGAAGCGCGGCGAAAAUAGGGAUCUUGAUGAGGAUCUGGAGAGAUUGGUGAGGGAGCACUCGCAGUCGACCGAUCUCGCCAGCUUUGAUUGGAAGAAGAUGAAGAUCCCGCCGGUGCUUAGCUCGUCGGAGCACACUUGGCUGUUCAAGCUGAUGCAACCGAUGAAGGCAAUAUUUGAGGUCAAGGAAAAUUUGCAGAAAGAUCUCGAUAGAGAACUGACAGAUGGUGAAUUGGCGUCUGCAAUGAAUAUGAGUGUCUCAGAACUACAAUGGCAUAUAGAAGUUGGUCAAGCGGCAAGGAAUAAAUUAAUAAAGCACAACUUGCGGCUAGUUUUAUUUGUUAUCAACAAGUAUUAUCCAGAGAUUGCGAAUGCCCAGAAGUUCCAAGACCUCUGCCAGGCGGGUGCAAAGGGUCUCAUCACGGCCAUUGAUCGAUUUGAACCAAGGCGUGGUUUCCGUCUAUCCACAUAUGGCCUCUUCUGGAUUCGGCAUUCUAUCAACCGGUCUAUGACAACCUCAAGCUUCAUGCGGCUUCCUUUCGGACUAGAAUCGUUGAGGCAAGAGAUCCAAAAGGCCAAAUUGGAGCUGUCCUUCGAGCUUGGGAGAUCUCCUACAGAGGAAGAGAUCAUUGACAGAGUAGGAAUAUCACCAGAAAGAUAUCGUGACGCCUUAAAGGCGUCAAAACCAGUCUUCUCUCUCCAUGCAAAGCAUGCAGUCACGCAAGAAGAAUUCAUUAAUGCGAUCACUGAUGUUGACGGCGUCGAAGGCGAUAAACGCAGACAGUCUGCCCUUCUUCGACUCGCUCUUGAUGAUGUGUUAGAUUCGCUAAAGCCCAAGGAGAGCCUUGUAAUAAGGCAGAGAUUCGGGCUCGACGGCAAGGGAUACCGCACUCUCGGGGAGAUUGCCAGAAAUCUCAAUAUCUCGCGAGAGAUGGUGCGCAAGUACGAACUGAAGGCACUCAUGAAGCUCAAGCAUCCGGCUCGUGUCAACUAUCUCCGCAGAUACGUACGAUAGAUAGAUGAAAAUAUUAUACCAUGAAUACCUGUAUAAUAUAUCAUGAUUUAUUGUAUGUAUAUAAACCUCUAUACAAUACUCAUUACUAAAAGAACGUUGUAUCAUAGAUAGAAAUGCUAUACACAUUGAGAACUCACAAGUGUGAAAAUGUAAUAUUUAUUUAUACGUAUAUAGAAGUGAGAAUAUGAUGAG